CAGCUGUUUACAAGCACAGAGGACGGACUUACCGGCUGGACGCUGAGUCUCACACACAGCUCUCAGUGGGAAACCACACAAUCAACAUAAAAAAAAACCCUGACUGCUUGAUCCCUGUUUACUGGAACUUAACAAGCCAAUCUGGAUAUUUGCAUCUUUAUUUUAAAGUAAAAAUCAACGCACGGGGAUGUGAAUCUUUGAAGGUGCACAUCAGGAAACUCUUUAUUGCAUGCUCUUGACUCAGGAGCUUCCUCUUUGCUUGGACUCCCCAUGCAAAACAUUCCAGCUUCCCUCCUUCAAUGAACAAAGCAAAUUCAUGUUCGAAGCAGCUGCAGAGCCGAGAAGCAACAACCCGCCGUGAUGGCCGUGUCUUCGCUCUAUGUCACAGAGGAGCCUGGAGCUGGCCUCGUUGAAGUGGAUAUAUGUGCUCUUAAGAAUAACGUGCGAUGCGAAUUUAUCCCGUCUGCUGUGUGCUCUGUUUGCCUUUCAUUCGGCCUCAUCUACUGCUUCCUUGGGUACCGCUGCUUCAAGAUGGUCAUGUUCUUCUCGGGUUUUAUGUUUGCCUCAUCAGCCGUUCUCCUAUUUUACCACAAUGAACCCGAAUUUACCAGUCAGCUGAGAGAGGACACCAAGGCGGGCAUCUGCCUGGGAGUCGCAGUGCUGUGUGGACUGUUCACCAUGGUGGUGUCCACGUUGGGACUCGUCCUCAGUGGCCUGCAGCUUGGAAGCCUCCUCUCUCUCUCCAUGCUUGUGGUUGUUGCCCAGUUUCAAAGCCUUUCUCCGAUGUGGGUGCCUCUCUGUGCCAUCCUGGCUGCCAGCAUCACCGCUGCUGUGUUCACUCUGCAGUGGCAGAGGCUGUUCAGCAUCUUCUACACCGCCGUGUUUGGAGCCAUGACGGUGAUGCUGUGCGCGGACUACGUGGCGGGGGCGUUUGUGCUGCCGUACCAAGUCUAUGACAUGUUCUGUCAAUUGGCUCCGCGACCAUUCUGCUGGUUCAACUGGGCAAUCGCCGGGAUCUGUCCUGUUUUGAGCAUCAUAGGUGUGUUGGUGCAAUGGCGGUUCACUGCAAGAGGAGUUUCUCAUACUGAAGCUGCACAUAAAAAACAGAAGAAACAUGGAACAAAGCAAAAAUGUAGAGAAGGAAGGAGAAGACCCCAAGCAUACCGUCAGCGCAGGCAUCCACCCCUGAAACGAUAUGCUGGAGACGUCCUCGCACCGAGUUAUCUCCACAAACUCCAAGAACGUCAGCUGGGAACAGGCUCCUCCACCAGCAGCGUCAGCACCAUCACACACACGCUGAUCGACUUCAACUUUGAGACGGGCUCCAUGGUGCCUCUCACCGCUGCCUCCCCCAUCUUCACAGUCUAAACAAACACGACUAACCGAAGAGCACAUCUCUGGGAAAUGAACUUUAAAUUGUUUACUUUCACAAAAGCUGUUCAAAUAUUUCAGUUUUUAAUUUGGUUACUCUUCACCCGCAUUAUCACAUUUAUUGUUAAAAUUAUGCAACAUGCAUUAAUUCCUCAGCUUCCUUAUUCCAACUUUUUUAGGAUUCUAAUUCUCACAGUAUUUGUAUUCACCUUGAGUAUGUUUGUUUAUACUGAAAUACCAACAACGUUUCUUUUUUAAUUUUUUUUUCAUCACAGUUGGAUUAGUUCAGAGCACUUGACACAUCCGGAUCCAAACCAUAUCUUUUUGGGGCAAUAACCCAGGUGUCACGAUUAAGGCAUUUUAAAAUGAUGGGUAUUGGAGUCUCAAUUCCAGACUCCUGUCAUUGCUGUACUGGUUGUAAUUUUAUGUCUGGCAUAAUCAAAAUGUUAGCUAGCAAGCCAUGCUGUAAUGUUUUAUGCUUCUGAUUUUUCUAAUAUCACAGUCUAUAUUCAUGUGCAUAGCUUGCUAUACUGUAUUAUAGGCCAUGUACAAUAUUUUGCUGGGUUUUUCCUCUAAGGCUAAGUGUUUUUAUUUUUAGAUUUAGAGGGAGAAGAGAAUAUAAUGGCUGCUGCAGCUCCCCUGCGUGACAAAACCCAGGCCAUUUAAUUUCAGGACAAUCAAAGCAACAGGGUACGUUUUAGAAAGCAGGAGCUUCUCUAAGUUUUGUUCAUAUAUGAUCAACUGGAACCACACUGAAAUAUGUUAAGAACCAAGUUAUCAACAAGUCAUAUCACAACAGAGAGUAAACAUGCUAACAUUAGCCUAACACUUCAGCAAACCGCUAAGCAUGAAAACAUUGAAGCAAGAGCAAGAUUGGUAUCUUAUUUUAAUGUUUAUUAAAAUGAUUUUUUUAAUUACA